UUGCAGGGUGGCUCAGGGGCUGGAGGAGCGGGUGAGCCCGGGAUGAGCUGAGCUGAGCCGAGCCCAGCCCAGCCCAGCGCCGGGAUGGAGGAGGCAGCGGACGCCUACGCCUACAGUGACAACGAGACGUACUGCGAGUACACGGAGUGGGGCCCCUCGCUGGCCCUGCUGCCCACCAUCUACCUGCUGGUCUUCCUGCUGGGCACCGCUGGCAACGGGCUGGUCCUCUGGACCAUCUUCAAGGGCGGCCGCGACCGCCGGCGCUCCGCCGACACCUUCAUCGCCAACCUGGCGGCCGCCGACCUCACCUUCGUGGUCACCCUGCCCCUCUGGGCCGCCUACACCUGGCUGGGCUACCACUGGCCCUUCGGCACGGCCGCCUGCAAGGUCAGCAGUUACCUGGUCUUUGUCAACAUGUACGCCAGCGUCUUCUGCCUGACGGGGCUGAGCUUCGACCGCUACCUGGCCAUCGUCCGGCCCCUGGCCACCGCCAAGCUGCGCUUGCGGGUCAGCGGGCUGGUGGCCACCGUGGCCCUGUGGUCUCUGGCGGCCCUGCUGGCCCUGCCGGCCCUGGUGCUGCGGCGGGCGGCCGCCCUCGGCGAGGACUCCAGGAUCACCUGCUACAUGGACUACACGGACCUGGAGGCCCUGGGGUCGGAGGGCGCCUGGGAGGUGGGGCUGGGGCUCUCCUCCACCGCCGUGGGGUUCGUGGCCCCCUUCGCCGUCAUGCUCACCUGCUACUUCUUCAUCGCCCGCACCGUGGCCACUCACUUCCGCCGGGAGCGGGCCGAGGGGCUCCGCAAGCGCAAGCGCCUCCUCACCAUCAUCACGGUGCUGGUGGCCACCUUCGGGGGCUGCUGGCUGCCCUUCCACCUGGUCAAGACCCUCUACGUGCUGAUGGACCUGCAGGUGCUGCCCUGGUCCUGCGCCCUCCACACCUUCCUCAACAACCUCCAUCCCUACUGCACCGGCGUCGCCUACAUCAACAGCUGCCUCAACCCCUUCCUCUACGCCUUCUUCGACCCCCGUUUUCGCCACGCCUGCGCCGCCCUCCUGUGCUGCCGGGCCCCCGGCCCCGGCCCCGAGCGCUCCGCCAGCUACUCCUCCGGGCACAGCCACCCCCCCGGGGGCAAGGGGGGCCCCGGCCCGGGGGGCAAGCUGGACCCCGCCACCCAGGAGACGCUCUUCCGCGCCUGAGCCCCCCCGGCCACCCCCGGCACCCCCCGAGCUGGUCUCCUCGGGGGGGACCCCCCCCCCACCUCUGCCUUGCCCCAGAGCCUGGCUUGCUUUGGGGACCCCCCCCGCUGGAAAGCCCUGCUCACGGGAAGGGGAAACUGGGGCAGGGGCUGGGCAGAGCCGGGGAGGAGCCCCUGGGGGGCUCGG